UUUGUUUCGGAAAAGUAUUCAAUUGAUUUCUGACCCAUUAUAAAUCCCUGCAGAGAGCCCAGUGCAGCGCCAGUUAACUUUAUUUAUCAGCCAACUUCAACAAAUAAGUGCCUACCUUUCCAGAAUGUCUGAAACGUCAAGCGUCGAAGUGGAUGCGGACAGGGAACGGGAUCGGGGCUCUUCCGAUCCUUUCACUCUAGACAGCAGGAAGAUUGAUGCGCUUCGCCAGCGCUCCCAACGCUUGACCGCACGUCUGCAGCAGACGCAGAGAGAGAUGGAGUCGUCCUGUGUAACUGGAAAAGAGUUGUCAGCCACCCGGUGCCCAAAUAUCGUGAAUCCGCCAACGCAGAGGCUCUUGUUAGAGGCAAUGCCCAGACCUAACCAUGCCCCAUCUGUGCCCUCCGACAGUAGGCAAGCCAUUAAUAUGCCAGGUCCUAUUCCGGUAUCGAUAGCCAUGUCCCUACCGUACCACCUAGCACUGCCCUCUUAUCCAGUGGCCAUGCAGAUGCCAUCCCAGCAAGCGCUGCCACAUAUGCAGAAUCUGUCUAAUUCCAGUAAACAGCUAAUGACAAAGAAAAAGUCGAAACGGGUGCUACAAAACGAGGUUAAUGCUCUGCAGGAGAUGGUUAAACUUCUAUCACAUGUCUCCCCUAACGUUAACGCGUAUGCUGCCCAGCUCAUAAGACAGAACGAAGUUUUGUCCCAGCUGGAGUGGAGCCAGACCAGGGUAGCUGCAGUGCCCCAACAGGCGGCAAUUCAUCGUCUAGUGCCUCAGCAACGAGUAGAGGGACGUCAGCGGCUCGAGUCUGAGGUUUCAAAUACGAGUAGCAAUAGCAAUCUUGCACAGCAACAGACAAAACAGGGACGACGUCAGCGAAACCGUAAAAAAAGCGAGGGGUCCGCCAAUAAUCCAACGCAGUCGCUAAAAAGCGAGUUGCAGGCAAUGAGGUCGUAUAUAAACAAGAUUGUUCAGCAUCAUGUUGGAACGGACUGCCAACUGCCGCAAGAAUUGAUCUUCGAAGGAAACUUCUCUGAUCUGGAAGCACAUGCUCAACGCCUGGCUGCGGCAGGAUAUGGGCGCAUUGUAGAAGAAGAAAUCCGUGUGAACCGAAAAAACAACAGGCAGGCCUUUAUUACGAUGUCCACAGAUCGCGAGGGACUCGAACGGGAUGGCAUAGUGCUUUUGCCUGUGGCCCGACGUUAUGCCUUCGAGGGUGACAAAGUCCGUGCCUUCGUUCUAAAUCCAGGUGCUCAGUGCAGUUCAAAGCCUGCCGACCCCUACCCUGGGGGAAUCACUGGCGGAAAAACGUCUUUAUCAAUCGAUGAUGAGGAGCUAUCGGACGAAACCGAGUCCCAGGAUUCUGAGACCGAUACCGACAAUGUAGUCGUUAUAUCUUCAGACAACUGCCCCAAAGCGUUCGUCAUAGCCAUCACUAAGCAAACUGAGCUUCGCCAGAUCGUAGGAACCAUUUCGUUCACGAACCCUAUUACGCUCUGUGAUGAUCAGCUCUUUUAUAAGUUCCGGCCGUACGAUUUGCGAGUUCCCAUGGUCUACGUGCCGAAAGAAGCCUGUGCCGCCCACAUCCAAAUCAAGCAGAACGGGGAGGUAUCUGGCCUUUUAUACCUAGCCCAUAUUCUCGAGACUGAUUGUAAUGGACACUGCAUUGCCGAGCUGGUUCAGCCAGUAGGCGUCGUGGGAAAUUUGGAGGACGAGCUCAAGGCAAUUCUUUUUCAUAAUGGUCUCCGCGAUAUAAAGCCAUUUGAGAAGCGAUUUAACGACAUGUAUUCCCAACCGCCACUGCCAAUAAGCAAGGAUGAUCUGCGUCAGCGAAAGGACAUGAGAAAGACGUGCAUAUUUACCAUAGAUCCAAUGACUGCGCGCGAUUUGGAUGAUGCCGUUUCUAUAGAAAAACUAGGCGACAACAAAUAUGAGGUUGGCGUACAUAUAUCCGACGUUUCGUACUACUUGCUAGAGGACAAUGAGCUUGAUAAUAUCGUAAAGAAACGUUCUACGUCGAUUUAUUUAGCCAAUGAAGUUAUUCACAUGCUGCCGCAACCACUCUGCAUGCGCUGUUCCCUGCUACCGGGGAUUGAUAAGUUUGCUUUCUCCGUCUUCUGGAAAAUGAACAGUGAGGGAACCAUUUUAGGAAAACCCGAGUUUUGCCGCACCAUCAUUAACUCCUGUUCACAAUUUGCUUACGAGCACGCGCAAAAGAUUAUAGACAACCCUUAUGAGAAUUUUACCAUGAACGACUUUCCGACCAUUCUGAACGGGUUUCAACCUGAUGACAUUAAAGAGAGGGUCCUGUGGUUACACAGGAUAGCAAGCUCCAUGCGUAAGUCACGCUUUGAUAACGGCUCACUUACAAUUAACAACGCCAAGCUCCGGUUUGUUCUCGACCCAAUCAGCGGCGAGCCCUUGUCGUUCGAAGUGGAGAAACAGCGAGAGGCGAACCACCUGAUUGAGGAGUUCAUGCUACUGGCCAAUCAGGCAGUGGCUCGAUUUAUUCAUGACUCUUUUCCUGAUAUCUCUGUGCUGCGCAACCAUCCUCCGCCAUUGACUAAGUCACUUAAGUCAUUACGGGAAAAGCUGGGUGCCCUCGGAUUCGAACUGGACUACAGCUCGUCCAAGGCUCUGCAGGAGAGCAUGGUGCGGUUGUGUAAGGAUGCCCCCAAUCCUGUCGCUAUGAAUGCCUGCCUUAGUCAACUCCUAAUGAAGCCGAUGGCAAGGGCAUCAUAUUUUUGCAGCGAGGGUAAAACGGAACCGUCGGACUUUUGGCACUACGCCUUGUCCAUACCAAUCUAUACUCACUUCACUAGCCCGAUUCGACGUUAUCCUGAUAUAAUGGUGCACCGCCUACUGGCGGCUGCACUCAAAUAUUGCACACCCCCUUGUCGGACAGCAGACGAUCUGCAUGUUUUAACAAAACUAGCCAACGAGAGAAAGUACAAUGCUAAAUUGGCCGGAGACGACUCCAGUAACUUGUUUUUCAAGCGCUAUGUACGGAAUAAACAAGCCAUUUAUAUGCGGGCCGUGGUCAUAGAGAUAUUUCAACACAUGAUGAAUGUGGUUACUCUGGAAUCUGGCCACGUUAUAAGCAUAAACUACAAGAUGCAAAAGGUCCUUGUAGACACUCACAAUGCACCAAACUACAUUACGAUUGCCGAACGAAACUUGAAACAGACACCUCGCAAAUUGCAGCUUCUUUCCUUGGUCCAUGUUUGCCUGGUAAUUUGGGACAAUAAACUAACUGGUUUUAUAACGAUGGGAGACCAACAAAUACACGCGCCGAAGGAGCAGCCUAGCGGAUCUAGUUCUUCCCGUAAAAUUAGGUUAAAGCAACAGCAGGUGCAGCAAAAUAACCAGCAGCAUCGACAAAAUGUCCAACAACAGCGGAUAUUUGCAAUGAGGCAAAGCAGUUUAUAACUUUAAACAGUAGUCUAUUGCAAUGUUUUACUAAAUCCGAAACUACUCAAAACUCACUUAAUUUAACAACAACGUGGGCCUGAGCUACUUGGCUAAAAUUAACUCUGUGAUUCUUACUUUUUCGAUUUACAGUUGCACAUCCCAAUUAGCACUGUAUAAAUGUAUGUGGUAUGUACAUUAAGUUGUUAAUCAAAGCUAAAUUGAAGGAUUCCAAAACAAUAAAACUUAUUCGACCGACA